CGGAUAAUAACCGUUUUUAACGGAUGCGGAUAUUUUCUAUAUAAACGGAUACGGAUGCGGACGGUAAUCGAAUUUUCGGUUAUCCGUUUACAGCCCUAGAUCUAAACAUGCGUGCAGGGGUAUAAUAGGGCUUUGAGAUUUCAUCGGUCUCUCUCAAACUCUACAUUUAUUGAGGAGUAAUGUCUUUCCUAAAAUUAUGUCCCAAACUCCACAUUUCUCGCUCAAACAUUCUUUAUCCAUCGCUGACCUUUUGGCUAGCGUAGAGCAAAAGGCUGCCGGAGAAGACGAGGUUACUGUCAGAUCUCAUCAUGAGCGGCUUCAGCGGUGAAACCCACCAGCGCCGCGACGGAGCCAAGUUAGAGGAACGACUAGCGACAGACGAAAUUGACAAGUUGUCCUGUAGAACGACUAGCUCCAGGGGAGUGCGCAGCUCAUUACCCAGGCUGCAGGCACUCGUUCAGACUCAUAGGGCUCAUUUUCUUGCCAUCUUGGAGCCUUUUGUAAAAGAAGAUAAAAUUCAGCUCUAUGCCAAAAAACUUGGUUUCUCCUCUCACAUGGUUGUGUUGAAUAAUAAGGCUUGGAUCUUUUGGGACAUUUCUACUCUCCAGUGGGUUAGCACCAAAAGUGAUGCUCAACUUGUUAGCCUAGAAUUCCAAGAUCUCAUUUCUAGUAAUCAUCUCCUUAUAUCUACUAUCUAUGGGAAGCACUCUGAUGUUGAGAGACGUGGUCUCUGGGAAGCAAUGCUAGAACACAUGCCAGCUGACAUGGCAUGGUUUGCUGGUGGAGACUUCAACAUUGUUGCCUCACUGGAUGAACACAAGGGUAGUUCUCACCCCAGUGCCAAGGGCAUGGCUGAAUUCAAUGAUUGCAUACUAGCUUGUGGACUCAAUAACAUUAACCCCUCCGGAGGUAUUUUCACUUCGAGUGGCAGGAGACCUACUGGAAUGGAGCAUUGGGAGAGCAGCAGGAAUGUGAAUGGCAUGAUUGGCUUUGCUGAAAAAUUAAAAACACUCAAAGGUGUUAUCAGAACUUGGAGUAAAGAAGUCUAUGGGGACAUUUUUCAAAAUGUUAAGAAUGCAGAACUACUAGCCUCUGAAGCACAGGCCAAAUACGAGUAUAACCCCUCAGAGGACCACAGAGCUCAAGCUAACCUUGCAGCUGCCAAACUCAUUCAAGCUUGCAAAUUGGAAACUAGUUUCUGGCAGCAAAAAUCCAGAGUUACUUGGCUAAAGGAAGGGGACUCCAACACCAAGUUUUAUCAUGCUUUUGUCAAGGGGAAGAGGUCAAAACUCAAGAUUACUAAUAUCAAGGAUGACAUGGGCUUAAGCCAUGUGGAUGAGGAUAAGAUUGGAGAGAGUGCAGUUCAUCACUUUACUUCCCUUUUCUCUGAAAACAAAACAUCAGACCCGACGAAUAUCCUUAGCCUCAUUCCCACCAACAUUACCGAGGAGGAUAAUCUUUUUAUGAGGAAGCUCCCUGAUCUUGAGGAAAUCAAAGGGGCGGUAUGGUCUUUGAAUGAGGAUGCUGCGGGAGGGCCAGAUGGUUUCAAUGGGAGGUUCUUCAGAGGGUGUUGGGAUUUCAUCCAACAUGAUCUUCUCCAAGCCUGUCAAGAGUUUUUCAUUGGUGUUAAAGUUCCCCCGACCUAUGGCAGCACCAUAAUCACCCUUAUCCCUAAGGUUGACAAUCCCAUCAAAUGGAAAGAUUACAGGCCCAUCUCCCUGUCCGUCCACCUUCAUGAGCAAGAUUACUACACGUAUCCUGGCCACCAGACUGAGCACACUGCUGCAUAAAAUUAUUGGGCCUGAACAAGUAGGUUUUCAAAAGGGAAAAUCAGUUGAUGAUCAAAUCCUCUUGGCACAAGAAAUGGCUCAUCAACUA